AGAAGGUGCAAGACAGACAUUAGACAUCCAUCAUCCGAUAGACUGGCGGCUGUAUCACCCAGCACACCACCUGACCUGAUUGCUUUCUUUCUUUCUGUUUCGCUAAACCAAACCAAACCCCCCUUCAUUUCGGACCCUCAAAUUGCUGUAUCUGAUUUGCAUUUGCAUUUGUGUGCCUUCACUUGGAUGACUAAUAUACGUACGUGUUAUACGAUUCAAGGUUUUUAUCGAUCGUAGAUGAAAACCAUGGCUGGGUCGCUAAUUCAAGCCGCUUAUUUCCCUUCGGUUGACAAUGAAAAGAAACUCCAUACAAAUAAAACUGGAAAGGGCAAAAGAACAGUUAAAAUGAUGUCAUAUUCAUACGCACCUCCCACGAGAAUGAGGACCUUUUCAGGGUUACGUGGGACCAACGCCUUAGAUAAUAUUACAAAAACGGGCCUAGAUUUCCAUUCUAAAGUUUCUUUAGCAACAUCUUUUAAAUCAAAAAGGGCUACACGGAUCGUACCAAAAGCUAUGUUUGAGCGGUUUACAGAGAAGGCUAUAAAAGUAAUCAUGCUUGCACAAGAAGAAGCUCGUCGAUUAGGUCACAAUUUUGUUGGCACAGAACAAAUAUUACUAGGGCUUAUUGGUGAGGGAACGGGGAUUGCAGCUAAGGUUUUAAAGUCAAUGGGGAUUAGUUUGAAAGACGCACGCGUGGAAGUUGAGAAAAUUAUCGGUAGGGGUAGUGGAUUUGUUGCUGUCGAGAUCCCAUUUACCCCUCGAGCUAAACGUGUUUUGGAGCUAUCAUUAGAGGAAGCCCGCCAACUCGGCCAUAACUAUAUUGGAUCAGAGCAUUUGCUACUUGGCUUGCUUCGAGAGGGUGAAGGUGUUGCAGCCCGUGUUCUGGAAAAUUUGGGAGCUGACACUAGUAACAUUCGCACUCAGGUGAUUCGAAUGGUUGGUGAGAGUGCGGAAGCUGUGGGUGCAGGUGUCGGAGGCGGGACCUCUAACAGCAAGAUGCCAACACUGGAAGAAUACGGAACAAACUUAACAAAGCUUGCUGAAGAGGGUAAGCUGGACCCGGUUGUUGGAAGGCAGGCACAAAUCGAACGGGUCACCCAGAUUUUGGGCCGUCGAACCAAGAAUAACCCGUGCCUUAUUGGGGAGCCCGGUGUAGGGAAGACAGCCAUUGCAGAAGGUCUUGCUCAAAGAAUUGCGAAUAGGGAUGUUCCGGAAACCAUUGAGGGGAAGAAGGUGAUAACCCUAGAUAUGGGUCUUCUUGUUGCUGGCACAAAAUACCGUGGGGAAUUCGAAGAAAGAUUAAAGAAGUUAAUGGAAGAAAUAAAACAAAGUGAUGACAUCAUUCUUUUUAUUGAUGAGGUUCACACUUUAAUUGGAGCUGGAGCAGCAGAAGGUGCUAUUGACGCUGCUAAUAUAUUAAAACCCGCACUUGCCAGAGGUGAAUUGCAGUGUAUUGGGGCGACAACACUUGAUGAAUACCGAAAACAUAUUGAAAAAGAUCCAGCGUUAGAGAGACGGUUCCAGCCCGUUAAGGUUCCCGAGCCUUCUGUCGAUGAAGCAAUUCAAAUUUUGAGGGGACUUAGAGAACGAUACGAAAUUCAUCAUAAGCUUCGGUACACUGAUGAUGCUGUCGUUGCUGCUGCUGAGUUGUCACACCAGUACAUAAGUGACCGUUUUCUUCCUGAUAAAGCAAUUGAUCUGAUUGAUGAAGCUGGAUCUCGUGUUAGACUUCGCCAUGCACAGCUACCUGAGGAAGCUAAAGAGCUUGAGAAAGAGCUUCGACAGAUUACAAAAGAGAAAAACGAAGCUGUUCGUGGUCAGGACUUUGAGAAGGCGGGGGAGCUAAGAGAUAGAGAAAUGGAUCUCAAGACUCAAAUAUCAGCUCUAAUUGACAAAAACAAGGAGAUGAGUAAAGCCGAGAGUGAAGCGGGUGACGAGGGUCCCACUGUCACAGAAGCCGAUAUCCAACAUAUUGUCGCCACAUGGACUGGAAUACCUGUAGAGAAAGUCAGCAGUGAUGAGUCAGACCGUCUUCUCAAAAUGGAGGACACCCUCCACACACGAAUCAUCGGUCAAGACGAAGCAGUCAAAGCCAUAAGCCGAGCCAUCCGCCGAGCCCGUGUUGGUCUCAAGAACCCUAACCGCCCUAUAGCCAGCUUCAUAUUUUCCGGACCCACAGGUGUCGGGAAAUCCGAGCUUGCGAAAUCAUUAGCCACCUACUACUUCGGUUCAGAAGAGGCCAUGAUCCGGCUCGACAUGAGUGAGUUCAUGGAACGGCACACCGUCUCGAAGCUAAUUGGUUCACCACCCGGGUACGUCGGCUACACCGAAGGCGGUCAGUUGACCGAGGCGGUCCGCCGACGCCCUUACACCCUGGUCCUUUUUGACGAAAUCGAGAAGGCUCACCCCGAUGUGUUCAACAUGAUGCUUCAGAUUCUUGAAGACGGACGGUUGACCGACAGCAAAGGACGAACGGUUGACUUUAAGAACACACUUUUAAUCAUGACAUCAAAUGUAGGAAGCAAUGUGAUCGAAAAGGGUGGAAGAAGAAUAGGGUUCGAUCUCGACUACGAUGAGAAAGACAGCAGUUACAACAGAAUCAAAAGUUUAGUUACGGAAGAACUUAAACAAUAUUUCCGGCCGGAAUUUCUGAACCGAUUGGAUGAAAUGAUCGUGUUCAGACAGUUGACUAAACUGGAAGUCAAAGAAAUAGCUGACAUAAUGUUGAAGGAAGUAUUUGAGAGGUUAAAAGGUAAAGAAAUAGAACUUCAGGUGACAGAGAGAUUCAGGGAUAGGGUGGUAGAAGAAGGUUAUAACCCUAGUUAUGGUGCAAGGCCAUUAAGGAGAGCUAUAAUGAGGCUUUUGGAGGAUAGCAUGGCUGAAAAGAUGCUUGCACGCGAGAUUAAGGAGGGCGAUUCGGUAAUUGUGGAUGUUGAUUCAGAUGGUAAUGUGACAGUUCUUAACGGUAGCGCUGGAGCUCCACCAGAGGUGUUACCCGAACCGAUUGCAGUGUAGUAGAGGAGGUUAGUUUUAGACAUUUUACAUUGCAUAUCUUGGGGGGGGGGGGAUCUGCUUUUUUAUAGUCCUGUGAACGGUUUCUUGUAUUUUUUUUAUGUUUCAGUUGAAGCGAGUUGAAUUAGGUUUACAUUCCGAGGCUUGUAUAUAUUUACCAAAUGUGCAAGAUUUUGAAAGUGAGUUCUAAUUUAACGCUUUUUGUUGGAAUAA